AUGCCGCACCCGCAGCCGAAGCCCGGCCCGGCUCCGCUCUCACCUGCCCUCGUGAAAUUUCUCUAUUCUUACGUAUGCAGGCAGCUGAAGAAGUUAGAUGAAGACAGUUUAACCAAACAGCCUGAAGAAGUAUUUGAUGUAUUGGAGAAGCUUGGAGAAGGUUCCUAUGGCAGUGUGUUCAAAGCUAUUCAUAAAGAGACGGGUCAGGUUGUUGCAAUCAAACAGGUUCCUGUGGAGUCUGACCUGCAAGAGAUUAUAAAGGAAAUAUCCAUAAUGCAGCAGUGUGACAGCCCUCAUGUGGUGAAAUAUUACGGCAGCUACUUUAAGAACACAGACCUGUGGAUCGUCAUGGAAUACUGCGGCGCUGGAUCCGUGUCUGAUAUUAUUCGGUUACGAAAUAAAACUCUUACAGAGGAGGAAAUUGCUACGAUAGUACAAUCAACACUGAAAGGACUGGAGUACCUGCAUUUUAUGAGGAAAAUACAUAGAGAUAUCAAAGCUGGAAAUAUAUUGCUAAAUACAGAGGGACAUGCUAAGCUUGCAGAUUUUGGAGUGGCAGGACAACUCACAGAUACCAUGGCAAAACGAAACACAGUUAUAGGGACUCCAUUUUGGAUGGCUCCAGAAGUGAUUCAGGAGAUUGGAUAUAAUUGUGUUGCAGACAUCUGGUCACUGGGAAUCACUGCAAUAGAAAUGGCUGAAGGCAAACCACCUUAUGCAGAUAUUCAUCCUAUGAGGGUGAGGACUGACUUUUUUAAAUGUAUUGCGAUGCAAAAGUGAUUUGCUGUGACAGCU